UGUUCCUUUCUUCAGAUUAGCAGAAAUAUGCAUCAAGGAAACCAAACCACCAUCUCUAAAUUCAUCCUCCUGGGACUCUCCGACCAGGCUGAGCAGCAAAAACUCCUCUUUGUGCUUUUCCUGGGUAUGUACCUGGUCACAGUGGUUGGGAAUGGACUCAUCAUCUUGGCCAUCAGCUUGGAUACUCAUCUUCACACUCCUAUGUAUCUCUUCCUUGCCAACCUGUCCUUUGCUGAUAUUUCCUCCAUUUCCACCUCUGUUCCCAAAAUGCUUAUGAACAUUCAGACCAAUAGUCAAUCCAUCACUUAUGAGAGCUGCAUUACACAGAUGUACUUUUCUAUUGUAUUUGUCGUCAUUGACAAUUUCCUCUUGGGAGUCAUGGCCUAUGACCGCUUUGUGGCCAUCUGCCACCCUCUGAACUAUAUGACUAUCAUGAAGCCCAGGCUCUGCAUUUUGCUCACAGUCAUCCCAUGGGUUCUCAGUAACAUCGUUGCCCUGACACACACCCUUCUGCUCAUUCAAUUGCUCUUCUGUGAUAAGAAUACUCUUCAACACUUCUUCUGUGACUUGGCCCCUCUGCUCAAACUGUCCUGCUCAGACACAAUGAUCAAUGAACUUAUGUUAUUUAUCCUGGGUUUAUCAGUUAUCACUUUUCCCUUUGCCCUCAUCCUCUUCUCUUAUAUCUGCAUUGUCAGAGCUGUUCUGAGAAUCUCAUCCAAGGAGGGAAAGUGGAAAGCCUUCUCCACUUGUGGCUCUCACCUGACAGUUGUAUUACUUUUCUAUGGGACUAUUGUAGGGGUUUACUUCAUUCCCUCAUCCACUCACCCUGACAACACAGAUAAGAUUGGUGCAGUACUAUUCACUGUGGUGACACCCAUGAUGAACCCUUUCAUCUAUAGCCUAAAGAACAAGGAUAUGAAAGGUGCCUUGAGAAAGCUCAUCAAUAGGAAAGUGUUCUACCCUUUGAUUCCCUGA